CGCACGCCUGGGGAAUACAUAAUGUGGUUGGUCGAUAAACUGAGGCUCUGUCGGACGUACUCUCUGUCCCUUGAACCUCUAGCGCAAAAUGGCGAACAAUGGGGUCGUCUGCAACCCAUCAGCGAUCGGCGUCCUGCAUGGGCCCGUCCUCAAGUGUUCUUUCUGUUCACCACCAGUUUUCCUUCACCAGAGGCCUACUCUGAUAUCAUAGAGAAGUUCGAGCACCAGUUCAUUGUCCAGCAUCUCAUCUCGAUAUAUAUGGUCAUCAUGGACCGAUACUGCAUGCGGCUUAUGCGCUACGACCGCGCUGGCUCUAUCCUCACCCCAUGGAAGGACUACACCCGCGAUCCGAUUGUUCUCCCCGACCUGUUCUGGCGCCUCUCAGUGCUCACCGACGAGCAACUCGGCUUGGACCCGACGGCGAUUCCAAUACUCCCUGGUUCCUCGGAGGACGUGUUCAUGGACGACCUCGCCCGGAAACGCGUUGACACGGACAUAUCCUGGCGCGAGGGCUCUACGAUUCCAGACAUCAUAGACUCUCCGGACCCUGCUAGUGCACCGCAGUGGAGUUACGCACGCAGCUGGUUUGGGGACUCGAUAUACCCCGCGCAAGACUCAAUGGCACUCCCGGACUUUGCACACGAUCACCCGCGAUGGAAGCUGCUCGUUCCUUCUGGGGCCGACGUUCCGCCGCGGGAGUUUCUUGUUGGGGUCCCGAUCGCGUUCCGCUGCUCUGAGAAGAGAGACGUGAAAGUAGACGAACGCAACACCCGCGUCUUCGUCGCGUACGAUUGCACGGCGAGGCAGCUCGUGUGCUUGAAGGAUACCUGGAGAGCUGACAAGGAGGAUACCUACCAGGCUGAACGCGAGGGGACUGUGCUGGAGAAGCUGAAUGGAGCCGGGGUCCCUUUCGUUCCGACACUCAUAUGCGAUGCCGAUUUGCCUGGCCAAGAGACGCGGACGCAGCGAUUCUGGCCCAUCGGGGAUAUUCAUGAUUGUGCGAAAGAUCCGGUGCAGCGCGCACACUACAGAUUGGCGACGAAGGAACUCUGCAUGCACCUUUGUGAAGUCAAGAGGAGUCGUACGCUGGUUUCGAUCAUUGGCGAUUGCGUUACUGCACAUGCUUCAGCGGCGGAGUUGGUGAACAUCCUGCACGCCGACAUCAGCUACGACAAUAUCAUGAUAUGCCCGACCGUGGACUCUACAACAAACCCCGCGAAACCAACCGUGAAGUGGCGAGGGAUGCUCAUCGAUUGGGAGUUCCCUCGACCUGUCCCUACCCCCGAAAAUCUCCUCGCCGUCGCCCGCAUUACCAGCAGACGGUCUUGGAAGUAUGCAUCCGUUGAAUACAUGCAGGCCGAACAGAGAGCUCUCCACACACAGGACGAGCUCGAGUCGUUCUUCUAUGUCCUCCUGGACGGGGCUGUCCGCCAUCUUCCCAGCAACCUUGAGAGCGUACGGGAGUUUGUGGACGCGUUCUUCGCCACGACACCAUCUCAGAAUUACCCUCACGGCUGGAGCGUCUCCCCCUGGAAGCUGGACGCACUCGAUCAAUGUCGCAUCCUCCGUGCGCCCGCAAGGGACGGCAGUCAGCUACAGUUCUACUGGCACUCCCGCAGGGGAGGCGACGAAGACGGCGCCGAGCCCAUCGACCACGCAUUCAACGCUCUCCUCCAGGAGUACCUCUCGUGGUGCCACGGAGUCCGUCGCGUCCACUGCGACUCGAAACUCUGGCACCGUGAGUAUCUGCCCCCUGCCGAGCCCAACCCAGCGAUCAAGAAACUGGAUGUCGGGGAGCUUGCGGCGAAGCUAGACGACCACGGCGCCGUGCUGGCGUUGUUCCAGUCUGCGCUGAAAGCGUGGCCAGAAUAUCUGGUGGACGUCGCCCCACCAGCUGUUGUCAAACCCGAGCCGCGGGAGGAUGGAGAGGCGUUUUGGAGGGCGAUGGCGCUGCAGGGUGGAGUGGGCGAAGGCACCGCGCCUGCGGCGACGGAGAGCGAAGUGCUGGCCCGUGACGCGAGGAUGCAGAUGCUGAAGAUGAGUGCUGAGGAGCGAAGGGAGCGAGUUGCGGAGACGAGAAAAGAGGACGCGGCGAAGGAGAAGAUGCGCGAGGCGGGAGCAGCUUCGGUGAAGCCGCCCCCGAGGAAGACCAAGCCCCGGGUUAAUUUGCCCGUUAGAAGCUCGCGGCGCAUUCUGGGGGAACCUGCCACAGAUCCGGACGAGCCGCCCUCCAAGCGUCGCCGCCGACGAUAA